AUGAGCGCACUCUCGACGAUUAAAUGUGUGGUCGUAGGCGACGGUGCUGUUGGAAAGACUUGCCUUCUCAUCUCAUAUACAACAAAUGCCUUUCCGGGAGAAUACAUUCCGACGGUGUUUGACAACUACUCGGCCAAUGUCAUGGUCGAUGGCAAGCCCGUCUCACUGGGGUUGUGGGACACGGCUGGACAGGAGGACUACGACCGGCUGCGCCCGCUGUCGUACCCGCAAACCGACGUGUUCCUCAUCUGCUUCAGCCUUGUGUCGCCGCCGUCAUUUGAGAAUGUGCGCACAAAGUGGUGGCCCGAGAUCAGCCACCACGCACCCAACAUUCCCAUGAUUCUCGUUGGCACCAAGCUCGAUCUCCGCGACGAUCCAGAGACGACGGCGAAGCUCCGGGAUCGGAGGAUGCUCCCGAUCAGCUACCCGCAGGGCAACCAAAUGGCGCGCGACAUUGGCGCGACACGAUACCUCGAGUGCUCCGCCCUGAGCCAGGUCGGGUUGAAGGGCGUCUUUGACGAGGCCAUCCGGAGCGUUUUGGCCCCUGCGCCCGUCAAGAGCAAGAAGCGAAAGAACUGUAUGAUUCUCUAA